UCUCCUCUGCCUCCUCCUCUCCCUCACCCUUUGUCGCUCUCUCUGGCCCUUCUCACUUGUCCUCGUGCACAGUAAGGAGAUGCGCCGCUUAUCUCCUCUCCUCCGUCACCUCCAUCUUUGAAAUAAAACUGGAUUUGGGUUACCAGCAGCAGCAGAAGAGGGCUGGCGCUGCAGUUGCGCUGGCACACAUUCAGCGUGGGUGCACACGGUGGGGGAGAGAGAGAGAGAGAGAGAGAGAGAGACCCGCCGCAUCUUGUGGAUUUCUUUGCGCACAAAGCCCGUGUACAUGGUUCUCCUCGCGCUCUCUCCGUCACAUCAUCAUCCAGACCAGGAGUUGAAUUCACGUCCCGGAGAAAAAUGUGGCAUCGCACCAUUGCGACAGUCCUCGUGUUAUUGUGUCUUUGGGGGGACUCGCUGGCAGGCUUUCCCAACCAAAUCAACAUAGGCGGACUGUUCAUGCGCUCCACGGUGCAGGAACACAGCGCCUUCAGGUUCGCUGUGCAGCUGUAUAACACCAACCAGAAUGCGACGGAGAAGCCCUUCAACCUCAACUACAAUGUGGACAACCUGGAGUCCUCCAACAGCUUCUCCGUCACACACGCCUUCUGCUCCCAGUUCUCGCGAGGAGUCUACGCCAUCCUCGGCUUCUACGACAGGAAGUCCAUGAACACGUUGACCUCCUUCUGCGGGGCGCUGCACACCUCCUUCAUUACUCCCAGCUUCCCCAUUGACGCUGAUGUGCAGUUUGUCAUCCAGAUGAGGCCCGGUUUGCGAGGAGCUGUUCUCAGUCUUCUGGACCAUUACAAGUGGGAGAAGUUUGUCUACCUAUACGACACUGACAGAGGUUUUGCGAUCCUGCAGGCCAUCAUGGAGUCGGCCGUAGCCAAUAACUGGCAGGUGACAGCUCGCUCGGUGGGAAACAUCGUGGACCCCAUGGAGUACAGACGCAUCAUCGAGGAGAUGGACCGGCGGCAAGAGAAGCGUUUUCUCAUUGACUGUGAGGUGGGCCGGAUCAACUCCAUCCUGGAGCAGGUGGUGACCUCAGGAAAAAACGGCAGAGGAUACCAUUAUAUCCUCGCCAACCUGGGUUUUUCCAACAUGAGCCUGGACAGGGUCAUUUCUGGUGGAGCCAACAUCACAGGCUUCCAAAUCAUCAACCCAGACAGCCCCAUCGUCCAGCAGUUCCUCCAGCGCUGGGAGCGCCUAGAUGAAAGAGAAUUUCCAGAAGCCAAAAACACUCCACUGAAGUACACGUCAGCGCUGACCCACGAUGCCAUCCUCGUGAUUGCCGAGGCCUUCCGGUACCUACGGCGCCAGCGAGUGGACGUUUCUCGCAGGGGGAGUGCGGGAGACUGCCUCGCCAACCCUGCCGUGCCCUGGAGCCAAGGCAUCGACAUAGAGAGAGCCCUCAAAAUGGUCCAAGUACAAGGUAUGACAGGAAACAUCCAGUUCGACACGUUCGGUCGACGAUCUAAUUACACAAUUGAUGUGUACGAGAUGAAGACAGUAGGGGCGAGGAAGAUCGGCUACUGGAAUGAGUACGAAAAGUUUGUUUAUAUUAUGGAUCAGCAGGUCACCAACGAGUCCUCUUCUGUGGAAAACCGAACAAUUGUGGUCACUACUAUUAUGGAAGCUCCGUAUGUGAUGUACAAGAAAAACUAUAUGCAGAUGGACGGGAAUGACAGAUAUGAAGGCUACUGUGUCGAUUUAGCCUCUGAAAUUGCAAAACAUGUGGGGAUAAGAUAUAAGCUGUCAGUAGUCCCGGAUGGGAAGUACGGAGCCAGAGACCCGGAGACCAAGACGUGGAACGGGAUGGUGGGUGAACUGGUUUAUGGGAGAGCUGACAUAGCCGUGGCUCCUCUAACUAUAACCUUGGUACGGGAAGAAGUGAUAGACUUCUCUAAGCCCUUUAUGAGCUUGGGCAUCUCCAUUAUGAUAAAGAAGCCCCAAAAGUCCAAACCUGGGGUGUUUUCCUUCCUGGACCCACUGGCCUAUGAGAUUUGGAUGUGUAUAGUUUUUGCCUAUAUCGGCGUGAGUGUGGUGCUCUUCCUGGUGAGCCGUUUCAGCCCUUACGAGUGGCAUCUGGACGAAAGCGAUGAGGCCAAAGACCCUCAGAGCCCCCCAGACCCUCCAAACGACUUUGGGAUUUUUAAUAGCCUGUGGUUCUCCCUGGGUGCCUUCAUGCAGCAAGGAUGCGAUAUCUCACCAAGAUCUUUGUCCGGCCGCAUCGUCGGCGGAGUGUGGUGGUUCUUCACCCUCAUCAUCAUCUCCUCCUACACGGCUAACCUGGCUGCCUUCCUCACCGUGGAGAGGAUGGUUUCUCCGAUCGAGGGGGCCGAGGACCUGGCCAAGCAGACAGAGAUCGCCUAUGGGACGUUAGACUCAGGCUCCACUAAGGAGUUCUUUCGGCGCUCCAAAAUAGCAGUUUAUGAGAAAAUGUGGUCGUACAUGAAAUCAGCCGAACCCUCAGUAUUUGCCAAAACAACACCAGACGGGGUUGCCAGAGUACGAAAGUCGAAGGGCAAGUUCGCCUUUCUACUCGAAUCCACAAUGAACGAGUACAUAGAGCAGCGGAAACCAUGUGACACCAUGAAAGUGGGCGGCAACCUCGAUUCUAAGGGCUAUGGUGUGGCCACACCUAAAGGCUCUGCAUUAGGAAAUGCUGUUAACCUGGCAGUGUUAAAACUGAAUGAGCAAGGCCUCUUGGACAAAUUGAAAAACAAAUGGUGGUACGACAAGGGAGAGUGCGGCAGCGGGGGAGGUGACUCUAAGGACAAGACAAGUGCACUAAGCCUGAGCAACGUGGCAGGAGUCUUCUAUAUUCUGGUCGGAGGGCUUGGCCUGGCAAUGACUGUGGCUUUGAUAGAGUUCUGCUAUAAGUCACGGCAAGAAACCAAAAAACUGAAGCUGGCAAAGAAUGCCCAGGACUUUAAGCCAGCCCCUCCGGCAAACACCCAGAAUUUUGCCACGUACCGUGAAGGCUACAACGUGUACGGGACAGAGAGUGUUAAGAUCUAACGGAGGUGAAACAUGUUGAGUCCUACUGGUUUGGAAUAGCAACUGUGUGUGACCCUGACACCCCGAGGCCGGCAUCCUGGAGGCGACGGCCUCCCCUGUCAUCCGCUCGGACAAAAGUGCUCAUUGGGGUCGUGAGGCCCAUCACACUAGCAGAGGGCAAUGCUGCAACAGGACUUUUGCUUCUGGAAACAUAAGAUUUGCCUCUUGUAGUGCCUUAUGGAGCAUUUCGGCGUCAUGGCAAUGCAAUCUAAAUUGAAUUCACUGGAAAAAUCAUGUAAACAAAAGAUUUGUGGAACUAUAGGGCAAAACAGUGCUUCAAAUGACAAUUAGAUGAACUGUUGUGAUUUCAGUUGUUUUCUAUGUUGAAGAAGAAAAAAAGCCAUGAUUUGCGAUCAAAACAUCCUGUAGUACUUAUUAAGUCAUUUUAAUACUUUACAGGCAUAUUUCUGUGGUGGAAUCUUAAGUUGGAUAAAUGUUAUAUUUAGUGAAGUAAAGUCAUUUUUCUCGUUUUACUAUGACUAUUUUCAGUUUCAUAAUAUUUAGGACAAGCAUCAAUCACUUAGGUAUGGCAUCAAUUAAAGUGACAUUGUACCCCUGGUUUAAGUCAGAAAACAUUGCUAACAUGAAGAGUUCUCUGCUUAGCUGGUGACAGACUGCACUCACUCCAUCGCUUCGUUCAAAUCAACCAUGUGAGAAGACACUUUUUCCAACUGCCACAAUUUGGAAACAAGACCUUUUUUUUAAUUGAAGUAAGGGUUGGCUUUCAGUCACUUAGUGCCAUAUUGUUGUUGAAUCAAAAACAUGAAAACAUAAAUCUGUUAGAGCCCAUGAGAGUGACCCCUUUUUAGGUGAUAGAUUAUUCAAAUGGUUUAACUGAGCUUAUGGUUUACACUUUGUACUCACUUAGAAGACGUUCUCGUGUUAAAUGCAGUAUCUGCAGCUGUGAAUCUGAAAACAUUUUGGUAAACAAUAACACACAUAGCUUCUUUGGUUGUAAUAAGCUUUCUGUGUCUAUGCAUUAGGCAGAACGUGAACUGUACAUCGAGGGAGGAGCUACAAAUGAAACGUUUGUCUGUUUGUACGAGUUAACUUUUUAUAAACGGAAUGAAAAAAUCCUACAAAAGCUACAAACCACAUACGCCUACAUUUGUUUAAUAUAUCAAGAGUAGUACGACAUCCUUUUCUCCCCAGAUAAAGUGCAUGUGCAUUUGGUGAUUGUUUGACCGAAGUGCAACUCGAUGUGGACCCCGGUUAAGUUUAACGGCCCUUCAAUGACAUUUGAUCCAGUUUGUUUUAGUUUAUUCCCGUUCAUUUGUGACAGUACCUCAACUAUGAGAGUUGCAUGUAUGGACACAAUGAACCUCCCCGGAGAGGUCAUGUACAAAGGAUUUUAUUACAUUUGCUUAAUAAAAGCAGGUUUAUAUUCA